UUGAGUCGUAUUUUGUGUUGUGUGUAUUUAAUGAGGCCCUGAAAGCAAUGUAUAAGAUAGUUGUGGAGGAGAGUGUUUUGCGAGUUAGUUUUCGGAAAAUUUGUACAAGAAAUGACAUUCACAUCAACAGUGUCAUGUGAUAAUCAUAGAAGUGUCUCAAUAUGUUAAAAUCAAGACCAGCAGGGAAGCCAGCUAGAUUGGCUGGAUCUGGCCGAAAGUUAAUAAGAACAUUUACAGAUACAGCUCCAUUGAAUAAUGAGUGCAUACAAGCUUCUAAGGAAAUUUGUUUAGGUUUAGCAGUUUUCCGUGCAACAUUUGGCUGUGAUGAUGACAAAAGGGAGUCUGUAUUUCAUGGGUUUAGCCCUUAUGAAAUCAGAUUGGCCACAGAUAAAUCACAAAUUAGAACCAACCAAGUUGAGAGAGAACACAGAGCUCGUGGGGUUUUAUUCACACCAUAUACACCUGGUAAAUGCCCUUUGUUACCAGUUUCGUCUCUCAUGACAUCUUCAAGAAGUUGUAUAUCUGAUGUACAAACAUACGGAAAGAUAAAGUCUGAAGAAACAGAAUUGGACAUUUUGCCUCUCGUGGACCAAAGUAUUCAUAAAAGGAACAAAGUAAAUUGCUUUGUAAAAAGUACAACAAAAAUUUCUGAAAAAAAUAGAACGGUUAAUCCAGAAUUUAAUGGCAGAUCCAUUGCAAGGAAAUUUGUUUUACCAGUGCGUAGUGCACAUUCUUCCAGAGUUAUUAAACCCAACAAAAGAUUUCGUGACACUGAUGUUGCUGCAAGCUCUGAGAUAAGUGAUUAUAGAACAAAGAGAAUUAAACUUGAGAUAUCCAGUGACCACUCGACAAGCUCGUGGAUGGGAAAGAGAACAGAAGAAUCUAGCCAGACAAACAGUGAUACAGAAAGUAAUGAUACACAAGAUUAUUGGAGUUCAUCCAUGAGCACAACCAGUUCGAGUGCCAAGGAUGAAGACUAUUGCACUAAAACCAAAGGGAAAGUUAUUCUUCGAAAGGCAAAACUUAAGGUUGAGCCAAACCCACCAGCAGUAAAAGGACCCUUCUCUUCAGGUGCAAUGGCUAUAGUGCCCCAGAAGGUGUUGUGUGGAGUAUGUGGUGCCGUAAGAUAUUAUAGGUACCUAAAACAAACUCGUAAGUUUGGUAUUUAUAGCUGUGAACCCUGUCGAAAGUUCAUAACAAGGGUCAUGCACCAAAUUUCAUCUGAGCCCUUGAUUUGUAAAAUUGGAAAAGGUGAAUGUAUAAUUCCUCAGUACUCUAAAGAUCCAUUGUCAGGUGUAGUAAGUCCUAGAUGCAAGGCUUGCUGGUUGAAGAUGUGCCUUCGUGGUUACUGUAUGCCAAAAGACUUAAAAACUCGAUUAACGGAAAGGCUGCCAUUAUUUAUGAGAUGUGACAUACCAAGCCAUUCUGAAACUAAACCAAAGAAAAACCCAGUUGCUGUUGAAGCAGAUAUUAAACUGAGACAUUAUGCACGGCUGAACUCAUCCAAUAUUCCUGGUAAUGUGGGUGAUAAAAUUAUUGAAACUCAAAUCAUUUUGGCAAAGAGUAUACGAAGGCAAGCUGAAGCUCUUGCAAGAAAGGAAACAAAACAGGAAAUGUCAAAAAACUACAGGAGAAAUAAGCUAUUAAAUGUUAGAUCACAAACCAGCGUAGUGUCAAAAAAGAUACCUAAUAAAUGUAAACUUGACUCUUCAAAAAUCAAUGCAAAAAGAAAAACACAAACAAUUGGCAGUAAAAGCUCAGUGAAAUUAAAUUUGAAACUAAAAAGAACCAAGAAGGACAAAAUUAAAAGAGAAGAAAAAUUAGUAAGACUACAUAAGCUUAGUUUGAAAGGUCCAAGAGUGAAACAUGUCUGCCGCAGUGCAUCACUUGUAUUAGGUCAACCAGUCGCAACGUUCACAGAUACAUCACCAUCGAAACAGAAAUCUUGCUCUUCAGGAAAGGAUUUGGAUUGUGAAAAUUUGUUAUCUUCAUCUCGAUCAGGAAUUAAUAGAGAAGAAUAUUCAGGGUAUUCAAACCUGAAGAACGCAGAGCAAGGUGUCAGAAUGAAACAAGCUGGUGAUAAUGAACAUGAAUCCAACCAGUCAGGAAAGAACAAAUCCUUACUAUCCAAAACGACGAUCUCAGAUGAAUCAACCGACAUCAGUCUUCUAGAUGGAAGGGCAAGGACACUUCAAGACCUUACCCGUCAACAUUAUGAGAUAAUAAAUGGUAAAACCAAUGAAGAUGAUGUUGCUCUAAUUGCCAUUGAUUUUUGGGAGAGUUAUGAUCCAGAAGAGGUUUGCAAAACUGGUUUUGCUCUCAUUGGCAUUGGUGACACAUUUAACACUAAAGCUGUGUGUUUUUUAUGUGGAAGUGCCGGCUUAGACAAGUUGAUUCACUGUGCGUGUUGCUGUGAGCCUUACCACUACUACUGUGUGGAGGGAGGUGGUAGUGGGGGCAGUGGGGCGGACUGGUGGCUGGUAGACUGGGUUUGUGCUCGCUGCACUCUCUGUCACACAUGUGGAGCAGGAGGUGGUACCCAAGUGGCCUGCCAAAAGUGUCGCAAGUCCUAUCACACCGAGUGUCUGACAGCCGACAGGAUAGCCAGUGGUCUACACUCAGCUGACCGGCCCUGGGUAUGCCAGUCAUGCCUUUGUUGUAGAAGUUGCAAUCAGUCGGACGUAUACAAGUUUGUGGGAAACUUGCCUCUAUGUCGUGUUUGUUUCAAACUGAGACAAAAGGGCAAUUUUUGUCCUCUUUGUCAGAGGUGCUAUGACGAAAAUGACUUCGACACUAAGGUAAAGAUGAUGGAGUGUGAACGCUGCAAAUGUUGGGUCCAUGCAAAGUGUGAAGGAUUGUCAAAUGAGAAAUAUCAAAUCCUUAGUGUAUUGCCUGACAGUGUUGAGUUUGUGUGUCGGAAGUGUUGUACAAGUCCUCCUGCUCUCUGGUGGGAAGCAGUAGAGAAAGAGAUGAAAGCUGGAUUUUUAGCUGUUUUGAAGUCUCUUAGCAAAAAUCGAAAAGCCUGUGAUCUGCUCAAGUGGAGUCCUACAAAAAGAUCUUCAGUGUGUUUAUGCUCAAGUGAUUUGAGACCAGGAACUGUGAGAUUCCCUGUAGAUCUUUCUGAACAAUCAGAUGCAGAGUCGUUAGAUAUGCGAGUGCAAAAUGAGUAUCAAAAAGAUGAAACUGUAAUUGUCGAAGAAGAGUGCCUUAAAAAUUCACCAAGUAACCUGAAAGAAAAUAUUUCUAGUGAAAAUGUCUGUGAUUCGAAAAAUGAAACUGUAGCAAAAUUGUCAGUGCUAUCUGAUUUAAGAACGAAAUAUAAUGUACGUGAGUGUUCUGUCCUAAUGAAAAACGAUGAUUUACAAUUAAAACUUGAUAGUGACACAAUUAGUUACCAAAACACGGAUGAAAAACCUUCACAAUUCUCUCCCCAUGCUACUUCACAAAGUGACUCAGGUAUUGGCAGUACCGAUGAUGAAUUGAAAUCUUCAAAUGACCAGUGUUUUUGUAUGGGUUUAGAUAGAUGGACCAAAGCUCCCUUAACACUUUUGACUAUAAAAAAGAAAAUAAAUUUAAAUGAAUACCUUUCUUUGGAUCAGUUCAAUAAAGAAAUGGAGGAAAUGAUCAGUAGUGUUCAAUGCACAGAACUUCUGAAACUUUACUACCAGACAUUGGAAGAUACUUUUCCAUGGUUCAAUCCAAAAUGUUCAGAAAUAGUCGAUUCAUCGAAAAGAAUCAAUCACAUUCAUGAUACCAAAACAUUAAAACCCGUUAUAGAAGAAAAACCUGAUAUUGGAGAAGUAAGUGAUGUGUUGGUAACUUUAGAAGGAAAGCUGAAUAGGGAUUGUAAUUAUUACUAUAAUGUAAAUAACACUGUGGACAAUAGAAUUUGUAUUCUUUGUAAAGCUGCUGGUGAGGGAAGCCCAAUAGAGGAAGGAAGAUUGUUAUACUGUGGUCAAAAUGAAUGGGUUCAUACAAAUUGUGCUUUAUGGUCUAAUGAAGUAUUUGAAGAGAUUGAUGGUUCUCUUCAAAACGUACAGAGUGCCAUUUCAAGAAGUAGACAUAUAAGAUGUUCUAAAUGCAAUAAAAAAGGAGCAAGUGUUGGCUGUUGCAAUAGGAGCUGUCCAGAAGCAUACCACUUCAGAUGUGCAAGGGAAGGUGAAUGUAUAUUUUUAGAAGAUAAAUCUUUGUUUUGUGCAAAUCACAAAAAUGAUAUAAAAACUUCAAGAGUCUUGGAAACAGGGUCUGAUUUUCUUGUAUCAAGACCUGUUUAUGUGGAGCUAGAAAGAAAGAAAAAGAAGUAUAUUGCAAAGCAUAAUGUACAUAUAAUGAUUGGAUCUCUAACCAUUAAUAGUAUUGGAGAAUUUGUGCCAGAACUAUCAGAUCAAGAAUGUUCAAUUGUACCUUGUAAUUUCCAAUGUACACGUAUGUUUUGGUCAUCUGUCGAACCCUGGAGACUAAUUCAGUAUAGCAUAAAAACAAAAGUAGUGUAUACAAUAUCAGAAGUUUUAUCAGAUGAUGAUAAUUUUACGAUUGAUCACUCGUUAUCCGAGUCUGUACCAAUGUCAGAAAAACAACAGGACAAAGAAAGCUACCCCAAGCAAGUCAAUAUGAAUGAAAUCAAGGAAGUAGUAGAGUGUAUUUUGGAUGCAAUUUGUUCCAGAGAUGAAGAAGAUCCUCAAGCUUCUACUGAUUUUCUCUCACCAGAAUUAGAAGAAGCAAUCUUUGAAGACUUGCCUCAUGAUUUAUUGGACGGCAUAUCAGUGCAGGAUAUAUUUCCUAAGUUAUUGAGUUUUGACUCUACAGCUUCUGAUCUAAAGUCUGAUAAAGAACCGAAACUUGCUUGUAACGAUUCCAGCAAACCUUAUCCAAAGAAAAAUUUAUCUUUGAAGCUGCAAUCAAAAAGUAGUCAAAUUCAAAGAAAACCUCAAUCUCAGAGUAGCCUUUCUUUAAGAAAACGAAAUAAAAGUAAAACUGAACUAUCUGAAAAAAUAUGUAAUUACACAGAAGCUAAACAAAACAAUAAAUGGAAUACAUUAAAAAUUUUGCAAAUAGAUGGUACAGUGGAUUGUAGUAGUGAAAGCAAUGACUCAAGUUCCUCCCUAAGUGAAGAGUCCUAUAUAACCAUUACACCAAAUAAAUUUCAUUCCUUAAAUAAUCAAAAUAUUUUCAAGCCCAAAAUUGACCAAAAGCCGCAUUUUUUACUAUUGGAUGUACACGUCAAUUCAGAUUUCAGCAGUUCAGAAAAAAGUCCUGAAAAAAUAGAUAAAAUAAAAUGGAAAUUACAACAAGUGGAUGGAGCUUCUGAUUUCUCUAAUGGUAAAGAAAGUGACAUCUUAGAGGAGAAUCCAGUGAAGUGUGCACAGUGUCAUAGAACGUACCGCACUGCUCAGAGUUUUGACAGACAUUUACAGACUUGUAGUGCAGAUUAUAUUUUUUCAUGCAGUGAAAGUGAUUCAAGUGAAGAAGAAAAAAACUGUAACGUGGAGAUGAACGUUAAUGAUACAGAAGUUAAUGUCCCCGAUGUAUCUCAUUCAAAAUUGUUACAAGAAAACGAGAGUGAAGAUAAACCUGUUGUCAACUGCAUCACAACAAAUGUAGAAACUCUGGAAUGUCAUAAAGUCUUGAGUCAGUUUGUUAGUUCAAAUAAUGUAUCUCCUCCAACUAAUGUGGUUGCCAAGAAUGGAAUAUGUACCGAUAGUAAGGAACAUAGUUUACAAAAUCAGUUUUCUGCAAAUGACUAUUCCAAAAGCUUGAAUUGCAAUUUGAACUUAUGCCAAGAAAGAUCUAUAAAUACAAAUAUAUCACAAAAACAAAAUUAUUCUUCGAAACCAAAAACUAUAAGAGCAAUGUUUGAUUGUGAUGAUUCUGUAAUGUUCCAUAUAUCUAAUUCUGAUGGGGAAAAAUCUCCUGUUAAAGUUCGUCCUAUGAAGACUUACUCCAGAAAAAAGAAAACAAAUAUCUUACAAAGCAAUCUAUCAGAAUUAAAACCAUCGCAACCUGAAUCACUAUUGGAGUACCAGGCAUCGUCUACCAACCCAGCAGUCAUCAUUCAACAAAUGCCAUCACAUAAUGUUUUACCGUCAUACAUAGAAAAUUUACCUCACCAGACAUCAAAUAAUUUUCAAUACCAGUAUAUUACUACAAUAGAUGUACAGGAUAAACCACAAAUUCCUUUAACAAUUCAGCUGCAGCCUCCAAUCAGCAUUCAACCGGUAAUGCCAACUGUACUGGGUACAUUAAUACAACCCAAUGGGGUUGAACAGUUGGUGGUGAAUACUCCUGCACCAGUGGAAGUAUUGAAUCAGCAACCAACUAAUGUAUUCAUCACCAGUGUGAAUCAGCCUAUGUAUAUGGGAAUGGAAACAGUAGUUAGCAAUACUGUAAUGUCUUCCAGUCAAUUUGUUUCAGGAAUGUUGACUGGGAGCAGUUACUCCGCCACUACCACGCAGGUUUUUCAAACUGCUAAGCCGGUUAUAGACCUUCCUCAGAGCUAUGUUGUAGUUAACGCACAAUCAAAUCCUGUACCUGAAUCUCUGCCUCAAACUAUAUACUCUUCUCAUACCCCUCAGCCGUGGGCAUAUAACUAUCAGGAAACUUAUAAAGUCAAAGAAAGAACUACUUAUCAGCAAGUUACAAGACAAUUAGUUCAUGACCAGAGUAAUGUGGAUUGUGUAAAGCUAUUGAACUCGUCACAAGAAGCAAUUAUUAUUCAAAAACCCAUUGUUCAAGAAGUAACAGUGGAGAAGAUGCACAGUAUUCAUAAAACAGGACCAAUGUCUUCAUUACCAUCAGCGACUAAUAAUAUAAACCCAGUAUUGAUGCAAGGAACUGUUACUCAAGAACAAUUCUUGACUAGUAGUAACACAGAUAUCAGUUACUCUCCUGAACAGACGAGUCACUCAGGAUGGGAAAGGCAAGAAGUACAGAAACAACUUAACUCAUCAACUUUAAACAAUUCGAUACAUAUGGGCAAACAUUUGCUACUCCAAAGUAAUAAGAUUGAAAACAUUGUUGACAAUCCUCAAAAUGUUAAAAUUACAGAAAAUAAAAAUCAAAUACAUUCAGUGGACAAACCAGUUAUUAAAAAAGUUAAGUCGAAUGCCAGUAUUAAAAAGUCCAAUUUCUGUGUAACAUUAUCAAAUCCAAAAGUAAGCCAUUGUAAUGAAACUAAAAGUGAGUCUCAAAUUCCACAUAAAAACGAUUCUCAGUUCAAAAAUGAACUGGUUGAAAUACCUAUCAAAAGAACAGAAUUUUCCUCUAGUGACAAUAUAAUUAAGAGUAACAGUGGUGUAAAGUUAGGAAACUCUAAAAAGUUAGAUGACAGAAAAUCUCCAUUCAAGGAAAAUAAGGCUGUGAGUGCUAAAAACCUACAGUCUUUGAAAUCAGUUGGUUUAAAAAAACAAAAAGGCAGUUCAAGGAACUUAUCAAAUCCAAAAUUAGUGUAUGAAAUAAGUUCCCAGGACGGGAUUUCAAUAAGUUCACAGGAUCUGGCUGAGGCGUGGCAACAAAUAUUCGAUGCAGUGCAGACAGCUAGAGCAGCAAAACGUCUACCUCCAUUACCUCAUAAUCCCUUUGAUUCAAAUCUUAAGAUGCUGGGACUUGACAACAACAGUGUAAAAUAUGUGAUAGAACAGUUACCAGGAGUUGGGAAAUGUAGAAAUUACAAACCAGUCUAUCAUAAAUCUAAACUGUAUAGCAAUAGAGAACAACAACAGGAAAAUUCUACUGGCUGUGCUAGAUCCGAGCCCUACUCAAAUACAAGGAGAAAAUACGAUAUGUUCAGUUGGUUGGCAUCUAUUCACAGACGUCCACCCAAAUUAGUUGUCAACUCUGACACUGAAAUCGUUAAUGGUAUCAGUCGCAGAGCUACUAGUCUCAACUUGCCAAUGGCUAUGAGGUUCCGACACCUUAAAGAGACGUCUAAGGAAGCUGUUGGUGUUUUCCGUUCUGAUAUACAUGGCCGGGGUUUGUUCUGUCUACGGGAUAUAGACUCAGGAGAAAUGGUUAUCGAGUAUGCAGGAGAGGUGAUACGAGCAGGCUUGACUGACAAACGAGAGAACUACUACACAUCCAAAGGUAUCGGCUGUUACAUGUUCCGUAUAGAUGAUCACUUUGUUGUGGAUGCCACCAUGCAUGGAAAUGCUGCAAGAUUUAUAAAUCAUUCUUGUGAGCCAAACUGUUACUCACGGGUAGUUGAUAUACUUGGAAAGAAACACAUCUUAAUCUUUGCACUUCGUAAGAUUCCACAAGGAGAAGAAUUGACUUAUGACUACAAAUUCCCUCUGGAAGAUGACAAGAUAACUUGCCAUUGCCUUUCUCGCAAGUGUCGCAAGUAUCUUAAUUAAGACGCCAUGCAGACAAAUAUGUUUAGCAUUUUUGGUCAAGGCGGCCUAAGUAUUACAUUGUUAAAGCUGUGAUAAAACUCUCUUUUGAAAGAGAAUUACCGUUUGAUCUAAUUAUAGUAGCUCUUUCCAUCUAUUCAUCAAAGAAAUUAUUGUCUAAUAAUUUAAAAUAUAUAUUCAAACUUUACUGCUUAGAAUAUGAUAGGUUGUGAUUACUACUGUUUAUUGUGUAAUUAUUUAUUUUGCAUUUGAAUUGGGUUUGAUUGUGAAAUCAAAGAUAAAUUAGAAUAAAAAAAGUUAUUGGGGUUUAAGAUCAAAUAUUUGUAUUUUUUAAUAUUUGCAAUAUAUUAUUAGUUAUAUAUUGUUUAUAAUAGCUCUAAAAAGAUGUUUUAAUAUAAAAAGUAUAUAUUUUUAUUGAGAAUAUUUAUGAUAAAUAAUUCUUAUAAAAUUAUAAUGUUUAUAAUUAGAAUACAUUCUAAACGAACUUAAUGUAAAUUAAAUGAGGCCAAAAUAUGAGGCAAUUAGUAAUAAUGUGGAAUGUAUUGAAGCUAAAAAUAUUAAACACCAUGAUUAUCCGGUCCUUCAUGCCACUCAGCCGAACUUUUUGAUAUCUUAAGAUAAUUAAAUAGUCAUGAAAGAUUUUGCUAACUGUUAUUAGUAAGGGUGCUUUUGAAAACAUUAACUUAUGUACAAAUACAUAAUAUUUGUAUACAGGUUGAUUUAUUCUAUGAAUCAAAAUUAUUAAAUUGGAAAAAGGAGUGUGAUUCUGAUUUUAAAAUUUCAAUUACUGGUAACUUUAAAAAAUGAAAAGCAUUUUCUUAAUUCUUAGCAUCUAGCACACACAAUCACAGGGUGGCCACCUAACUGGUAAACCGGGAAUAAGCUACGUAUUUUAUGCACUAAGACAAAGUUUGGGAAUUUACACACAGUAUUUAAUUAAUUUGUAGUUGUGUUGAUUCUAUUCUUGCAUUAUCGUAAGCAAACACAAAAUAUUUAAGAGUCAGUAAUUGAUUAUGUUACUUAUGCUCUUAUUCCUGGGGCAACUGUAAAAGUUAUUGUUCAGUGCAGUUUUCUAAUCGUUUUACAGAUCGCGAAUUAACCACAGUUCAGUAACUUCCAUAUUUCCAACUUUCUAAUGUAUUCUUCAUAUAUUGGUUGGCAGUGUGAUAUGUUAGGAGUCACAAUACUUUAGCUUAAUGGUAACUAGGGCUGUCAGCGAAGAUGAAAACGUGGACUAUGCAUGAAUUUAUGGCUCCUGGAAAAAGUAUGUGGAUUUUGCAUAAAGUUUGUAAUGUCCCUGGAAUUUUUAUUAGGUAUGGACUGAUUCCAAUAAUUGUUAACGUGGCUCAUAUCAUUAGAUUCGAAUAGGUUCACAUUUUUGUUGUACUUCCUGUAUGAAAAAGGUAUAUAUACAAAUGCUGUAGUUUAAUUAAUUAAAGGUAAUUAAAGGUUUUGGUUUUACAGUAAUUCGUGUUUUGUAUAUUUACUUUGACACAUUGUCACGAGUCUUCUGCAUCUAUUCACGGACUACAACUGAUAGGUACUACACAAAUUAAAAGUUCAGUAAAUAGCACAAUAGCAUGAUUUUUAAAUAAUAUUUUACUUGAAGUUCAUAUUGUCUAUGUCAAUAUUUGUCAACACCAGCGUGUAGCUGGUUUAAUACUGGACAUAGGCGCUCAGUGGUAAACAGACAGUUAUUUUACUUAUACGUCAAACUGGCCUUUGUACCGGCAAAAUCGUGGUCUCGUACCAAAAUCGUUUGUGCACCGCAGACCUCUGACCUGCAAUACUAGACGACUUUAUUCACCUCCAUGGUAGCGCUGUAUUUAUAAUUGAUUGUUCUUUAACUUUUUUGAAUUGAAUACAUAUAUUUUUCAAACAUCAUAGGAAAGAAAAUUAUUAGGUAGAUGGUGUUAUGUGGUUACAUUGAAAUACACUGCGAUAUAAAACUAAGAAGCUUAAAUAGGUGUUAGCAAUGACCCUUCACUGAAUUUCUUUUAUAUAUCGCUAGCGUCAACAUUUACUUAGCCACUGUAGUUUCUGAGCAUUUCCUACAGAUAGAGCUGGCAACAAAAAGCCCUGUUGCACUUGGUUUAGGGGUUUAAAAUAUGUAUUACAGUUGUUUAUAUUUGGUUUUAAAAUGGACUAGAGAAUCGGAAACUUUUGACCGAGGAAACCUGUAAAAGAUGUAGAAUUUUGAGUGGUCACCCUGUAAUCAGUUGUAAACAUUUAAGGAUGCUGAGGCAAUAAAAAUAACUCAAAACAAGUACUCUAAUAUGAGUAUUGUGGACACAGUGCAGUCCUAGGACUUAUUAUCCAUAGUACUCUAAGGAUAAAAAACUUCUCUUUAAAUAUUUUUCUAACUAGUAUUAUGAGUGUGCCAGCAUUUUGUAAACACUUUGGUUCAUAGAAUGCUUUGAAUUCCAUAUUUCACAGUAACACAUACAGUAUUGGACUGGAUACACAUAACUAAAACGAAUUGUACUUAUACAAGAGAACUCUUUACAAUGCAUUGAAAAUUCUCUUACAUCAGGUUUACACUAAAAGUGUAUACUAUUUUUCAUUAAUAGUUCAUCCAAAUCUUUUGUUCACACAAUACAUCUAUUAUUUGUUUUCAGUUUAUUCUAAAUGGUGCUGACUUUAAAACAUAGGUUUCUUUUCUUAUAUACUCUUUAAAUGCACAUUCUAUUUAUUACAGUUUCUAUCUUGUUUGUAUACUCUUUUCAAGAAUUAUGUUUAGUUUAUUUUGUGCACGUUAAAGCAAUAUACAUUAGUUUUUACAAACCAUUAAAAUAUAGUUGUUAGUACACAUGUAAAUAGUUAAUUAGUCUGUAAUUAUUUUAUUUUAAACUGUAAGUAAUAGUUUUCCUCAAAUGUACAAAGUGUCUGUAUAUUUGAAUCCUGUUUUUAGAAGUGGUGUAUUUAAUUAUAGCAUAAGUAUUGUGUGUCAUGUUUAAUAAUAAUAUAAUUUUAUGUGUAUAUUGAAAUAUAAUUUGCUUGGGCCUACAUUUCCAAGUUCAAUUAGUUUAUUUUGUUCAUAAAUAUAAUUAUUCUAUUAAAUGUGGCUAUUGUGCAUAUUACUUUUAACAUUUUACCUCAAGCCUUGUUUUAUUAAUUAAUCUUUGUAUUGAUCGUAGCCUUCAAAUGUGUACAUAAAAAGACUGAAUCUUCUGUUAAGAUUUGUGUAUCACUAAAGUGAGCAAACUGUAAAGUUAUUAUAUGUAUUUAAUGUGUAUUAAUACAUUUUAUUGUGUUUCUAUUGAAAUAAGGUGAAAAUUAAAUGUACAUACAAAAGUGUUGUAAUACAAAAAUUUUCUAAAAGUGUUAAAAAUUGUAAUUUUAUUGAAAUAAAGAUAUUUUUGUAUGAAAGUGAACAAUGUGAUUUUAAAUAUUAUUUUUGGCAUUGAUUAUAGGUAAUAUUAACACUUUUUAAUGAGUAAGUAACUAGUAGAAAUUGACUUUAAUGACAAGGAAAUUAUUUUCAAAAGCAAUAACUGCAUUUAGAGUUUAAGUGGGAUUUUAUCAUUUCGUCAUUGGCAUUGAGUAUAAAUUACAAAUAUAAAAAAACACUGUAUUUUAAAGCUGAAUCAAGUGUAAUUAGAAAUAUUUUUAUUAAUGUAAAUCUUGUUGAUAUGUUUUUAUUGUAACUACAAUAUUAUUAGCUUAAUAAAUUUGGUAAAAUACUUUUUAUAUUGUAAAGGCUGGCACAUACAGCAGUAGACAGGCGGACAAAAAAAUUGCUUCCCAGCUUUAAAACAUGUGCCAACACACACAGAAAUCCUUUUGUCUGCAUGUAACUUAUAUGUUUGGUCAUCGCUCUGAGAGUGAUUUUUUAGAAUCCUUUGUCUUGCGCAUGCACAUAUGGCAAGUUGUUCCUUGAAAGAUAUUGUCUCCCUCCAGUCACUGUUUUCCCUUGUGUCUUCUUCAACAAACUUCAACAUUUUGUGGAAUUCUUCUUUACAGAAUCUAAAAUAACCGUCAAUCCUUUCCUCGUCCUCACCCAUUAUUCACCAUUUGGUUUUUGUUUUUUAUUAAUGGGAUGUGAAGUAUUAGAGACUAAAUAUAACAAACACUACAAGUCAUCACUUGACUCAUAUAGCCAUAUCACACCUCACAACAUUUGACAUCAUCACAUAAUUUCUGAAGACAAGCAGCAGAGCAGGUUAUGCUCUGACCCAAAACAUGUGUCUGUCUGCGUCUGUGUGUGUCGCCCUUUAAUUCUCUGUAAUUUUAAAUGUUUGUAAAUAUUUAUCUCAAAAUCUAAAUUCAUUAAGAUAUUGAUUUUAAAUAAUUGUUCAACGCAUUGACUGUAGUCAUCUCCAUACUGUUCUUAUUGUCCAAGACUGUUAUUCAGCAUGGUCUCACAGUACAAGUGUUGGUUCUAUAUUUUAGAGUAGACCAAUCUGAAUAAACAUAUUUCAACAGUUAAGCUGCAUGUUUUAGAUAUUUUAUUUUUCACAAUUUAAAACCAAAAUAAUUGACCUGUUUAGGAACCAAAAUAUUAUAGAAAAGAUAUCAAUAGUAAGAAUAUAGUUUUGUACAAUUGCGCAAAUUCUGAUAUUUUUCAAAAGGGUAUACAAUUACCUAUAUUGAUUUCAAUUGAAAAGUACUAAAAUUAUAUAUACUAGUGAUUAUGAAUUUAUAGAAUUCAAUUCAAAUAAGAAUAUAAAUGAAUAAAUUCAUCUUAUAAAAAAUGUGUCCUUGAAAAAUGUAGUUUCUGCAAAAGUUGUGAAACAAAUUCUCUUAAAAAUGCUUUUAACCCUGGAACCGAUACAAGUUGAAAAUUGUUAGUUAUCUACAUGACUCUUCACUGUUGGUCAUAAUUUAUUUAGGCACUUUUCAGAUAUGUUGUUCUACUGCUGAAUUUAUAGAUAUGAACAAUUCAUGAAUUUAUUUUUUAACACUUGGCUACAUCACUGGUUGAACCAGAUAUUUUCAUUAUUAGUUCCAUUGACAGUAUAAAAUAUUUGUAUCAUUCUAAAAGAAAUGCGCACAUACAUGAGCUGAUAUUCAGACAAAAAUUCUUAUAUCAUACAUUAAUUUGAAAAUAUUAAGAAGUAACACAAGUUGGCUGCCAGCUGCACAUUUGAGGCUCCACUUUUAACAUGCAGUUAAAAUUUUAAAAUGGAUUAUAAAUAAAACAUAUUAACGUACAAUAUACGUUAUUAAUAAUGGUCUAUAACUUAUAUUCAUUGUAGAGUUUCCUACGGGAAAAAACUUUAAACCAACAGUAUUAAAAGAUAAUCUUACUUUUACCAAUUCAUUUGCAUUGAGAUGCUAAAAUCCAAUUUUCUGAAGAGAAACCUUUGAGGGUUUUAUUGAGUUCUCUAAAGGAAUUUUGAACUUUAGUCCCAUGUUAAGUCAGGUGUGUGGUCGGAAACUAACCUCUGUGACCUCCUAACUAUUAAAUCAUUCCCAAAAUCUCAUAUCCCCAUUUAAUUUUUCCAUUGUGUGAAUUCUGUGUUGAUGUGUUUAUUGAAAUGUACUAAUAACGCAUAUUUACACUUGAUUCUAUAAAGUUAAUAUAAUAGAAAUUGGAAUGUUAUUUUUCAAGUAGAAAAAAAGGUUGUAAAAAAUAAACGCUGUCAUAUUAGUGUUUUGAUUCAAUGAGAUAUAACUUAAUUAAGUAAUAAAACCUUUGAAUAUGAAUGAUCUCUAAUUAUAGUUUUUAGACUGAUCAGUAUGCAGCAUUUUUGUAAGCUUACAAAGAUUAUUACUUAACUAAAAGGUAAUUAAUUUUAAUUAAAUUAAAAGCAUUCUUUAAAAGUACAAUUUGUCAUAAAAAAGGAACCAAGCCUAAUUAUAUGGCAUACUAUGGGGCAAUGAUAGCAUUUUUUACAAAAGUAAUAGCACUGAUGAAGAAGGUGAUAUAUUUUUGUAAUCUGCCUUGUCUGUUUUAUUUUGUAAUCUUAUUCAUUGUCAUUAAUUAUACUUAAUAUUUCUUCAUUGCUAUAAUUAUCAAUAAUUAUAUUAUUUUAAAACAAAGGAUUCAUAACAUUUUGUCUAAAAAGAUGUUAUGGAUUAGUUACUGUCAUAUGACAGUAUUGUCUUAAAAUAUUCAACAUGUAUUUCGUUAAGGUUUUAUAUAUUAUUAGCUUGAAGGUUACAUUCUGUUUUUUAACUUCUUAAUACAUCCUUUUUGUUAUUCUACAGCAAAAGUAUUUAAAUUUAUCAAUCCCUUUUAUUUUAUCUUCAUGAUUUUCAAAAGUCUGAUAUUCUUUACGUCCUUUGGUUAAGUUUGUUAUUGACGAUGGAAGGUUUGAAAGAAUAAUAGGAUUUUGUACAUUUGCCAUCUUAUAUGUUACAAAAUGUAACAUUAUUUCCGUAAUUAACCAAUUAAUUAUGCUAUCAUAAUAUGUGCCGUAAGUUCUCAUCUGCAAACUUCAAGUUCAUCUUACCUCACAAGUCCAUCAAGUAGUGCUUUUUUGUGCAUACUAGAGACAUCACCUCACCUCAACAAUCAAGUUACACACACAUCAAGAAAUAACAAUCACAUUAUUAUUUUAUAACUAUUAAACAGUUAAUCAUUGCAACAUUGUUUGUUGUACUGAUGGAUUUUUUUCAAACAUUGAUAACAAUUCCAACAUUUUUUGUAUUGAUUCUAAAUUUUAGUUACAUUGUCCAGAACUUUUCUUGGUGUGUUUAUGCAGAUUUCCAUUCUCACCAUUUUACAGUAGUGUGACUAAUUCGUAAUAGAGUACCUGGUAUCUAAUGUUACCAAAGUGUACAAAACAUCCCAUGAAUACCCUUCAUUGAUAUUUUAAUUCAUAAUAUGAUCUUAUUUGUAAUGCAGCGAUCUGUAUAGUUACAGUUGUGAUCAGACUAAGCCUGUUAUCUUUUUUCGAAUUAAAAUAACCAAGUUCCUCGAACAUAGUGCUAAACCAAGGGGAAAAACAUGGGUUUUUGUCCAUAUUGUCAAAACUAUGUCCAUCUAUAAGUAUAUCGCUUUAAAGCUAAGAUCUCAUUACUGAAAUCGAGUUAAUAGAGUUUACUAACACAGAAUCAUGGAAAAUAAUAAAAUAAAAUGAGUCUACUACAAAAAUUCAAAUCAGUCCAUUCCUAGAUUAUAAAAAGCAGCCUUAAAAAAGUUGUUUCUUGGCAAAAAAGUAUUGAGUGUAUACACUAAAAAAAAACCAUUUAAACGUCAGAAUCUGCAAGUACAUGAUAUUUGUAAAGCAAGGAAGUCUUAGUACCAAGGCCAUAUUUGUUUCUUUAUGAAAAACUAGUUAACCCUUUGCAAUCAGAAGGCCACUAAUGUGACCAGAACUAUUUACUCGCUUAGCUGAGAUGGAGUGUCAGGUGGUUGUCCUCUCAGCUCGUCGAACCACGCAUAGUGGCCGGCUCGGUUCUGCGUAACCAUAUACAUCACUUUGUCUCGAAUUUAAAUGGAAGUAUUUGAUAUUUAUCUCUUUAAAUUACUGAGAUUUAAAUGAAAAUUUUAUUAGCUUCAUGGUUGAAACUUUAUCGAUUGGUUAUUUAUUAUUUGAUUUUAAAUCAACCAAGUAAUAUGUAAUUUAAGUUGUAGGUUGAUCUGUUUUAAAAGUAAUUUUAUUUGCAGAGUGAAAGUACAAUCAGUCUUAAGUAUGUCUCUAGUAUCAACAGAAUAUAAACUCGUUACCAUACUUUGAACUUCAUUUCCACCAUAUGAACUGUGUUUUUUAAUAAAUUGUAAUAGCUAUAGUGAUACCUAUACUCGAAUAAAAAAACAAUUCUGAAUUAUGUUUACCAUGGUAUGUGCUGCAAAUAGAGAAAUAUUAAUUUAACAACUAAUUUGGCUGAGCGAUUGUAGUAUUAUGCAGCCACAGCUGGAUAAGGAUUGAAUUUUAUAACUCCAUAAUAUAGUGAGGUCGCAAUUGUGGCCUGAGGAGCUGAACAGCAAAACAGCGAAAGCCACUAGGCGAGAUGAGGGACAGGGUGUGGUCACAAAUCACUGACCUGACGCUGAGAACAUCCAUGAGCACCGUUGUGGUCCACCGAUAUGAGAGGACAGUCAUAUAGAUGUAAUGCUGAUUGCAAAGGGUUGAUAAAAUAUUUUAUUUGACUAAUCCAGUUAAUGGAAAUUUACGUUUCUUGUCGGGAAAAUUCACUUCACAUUAUUUACAAAAUAUUGUUGUAACUACAUGAUAUCUAGUCUUUUGUAUUUGAUAGUAAAUGUUUUUGUAGAUUAAAUUUAUAUGUCUUUUCAUUCCAUUAGGAGUUUAUUUCUGAAGAUCAUUGUGUACCUUGAAAAUGAAUGCAGUCUCAAUGUUUUAAUAAUUUAGCUGUGCAUUUGUAACAGAUUUUUAAAUAGUUUUUACUUUCUACACAUAAGCUUAAAAUGUAAACUCUAAUGUAACAAACUUAUUACACAAUGUAAUUAUCAGUUGCACUGAAAAAGUAGAUGUUUUGUAGUUGAUUACCAGUGCCUUAAAAUAUAACUCACUGUAUCGUUUAAUCUUUUAAUUACUUUGUUGAUUGAAUGAAACCAUUUUCAAUUGUACUCUAAUAAUAAAAAAUAUACAACACUUGCUUCAUUUUUAUCCAAUUA